AUGUCCUCCACCACCACAACAGUGCUCACGCUCGACAACAUCAACCCCCACGUCCGCUCCGCGCAGUAUGCCGUCCGAGGCGAGCUCGCCGUCAAGUCGGAGCAGUACCGCGCCCAGCUGGCCAAGGGCAACGGCGCCGACCUGCCCUUCGACACCGUCAUCGCCGCCAACAUCGGCAACCCGCAGCAGCUCGACCAGAAGCCCAUCACCUUCUUCCGCCAGGUCGCGUCGCUGCUCGAGAACCCGCUACUCCUCGAGCAUGAGGACGUCCUCACCUCCACCCUCGGCUACAAGCCCGACGCCGUCGCCCGCGCCCGCCGCCUGCUGAAGGAGGUCAACAGCGUCGGCGCCUACUCGCAGUCGCAGGGCGCCCCCGGCAUCCGCGAGUCCGUCGCCCGCUACAUCGAGCGCCGCGACGGCCACCCCUCGUCCGUCGACAACAUCUACCUCAGCAACGGCGCCUCGUCCGGCGUCAACACCUUGCUGCACGUCAUCUGCGCCUCGCCCGAGACCGGCAUCAUGGUGCCCAUCCCCCAGUACCCGCUGUACACCGCCACCCUGUCCGUGCUCGACGCCCGCUGCGUCCCUUACUACCUCGACGAGGCCGCCAACUGGGGCACCAGCCUGGCCGCCAUCCAGGACAGCUACGACAAGGCCGUCGCCGAGGGCACCGACGUCAAGGCCAUCUGCAUCAUCAACCCGGGCAACCCGACCGGCGCCUCGCUGCCCGCCGAGGACAUCCAGAGCGUGCUCAAGUUCGCCGCCAAGAAUAAAUUGGUGGUCAUCGCAGACGAAGUCUACCAGACCAACGUCUUCGUCGGCGAGUUCAUCUCCUUCAAGAAAGCCCUGCGCGACCUGCAAGCCGCCUCCCCGGGGCCCUACGAUCACAUCGAGCUCGCCUCGCUGCACUCCAUCUCCAAGGGCAUGGUCGGCGAGUGCGGGCACCGCGGCGGGUACUUCGAACUCGUCGGCUUCGCGCCCGAGGUCGCGGCCGAGAUCUACAAGUUCAUUUCCAUCCAGCUGUGUCCGCCCGUGAUAGGGCAGUGCGUGGUGGAGAUGAUGGUGAACCCGCCGCGCGAGGGCGAGCCGAGUUACGAGCUGUACAAGCAGGAGUACGACGCCAUCUUCAAGGGCCUGCGGGAGCGCGCGUACGCGCUGUACGAGGCGUUCAAGAAGAUGGAGGGCGUUGUGUGCGGCGAGCCGCAGGGCUCCAUGUACCUCUUCCCCACCAUCACGCUCCCCCCAAAAGCCCUCGAACAAGCGAAAAAGGAAAACCGCAAGCCCGACGAAUUCUACUGCUUCCGCAUGCUCGACGCCACCGGCGUGUGCACCGUUGCCGGGUCUGGGUUCGGCCAGAAGGAGGGCACGUACCAUUUCCGCACGACGUUUUUGGCGCCGGGGACGGAUUGGACGGAGAGGUUGGUUAGGUUUCAUGAGGGGUUUAUGAGGGAGUUUAGCUAG